AUGCCUCUCGUAGUCCCAGGCCUGAUGUCGAAAGACGGCGGCGAGGACAAGACGUCCAAGUGGAUGAACGAUCUCGCCGGCAAGAAGAUUGGGGAGAGCUCUAAUGAGACCACGUUCGCAAAGAAAGACCUCCCCCAAGAACACAGAAUUGUCAAGGAGGGCGAUAUGAUGACCAUGGACCACAAGCCUGAUCGACUCAACAUCCACACCAAGGAGGAUGGAACGGUGUCGAAAGUCACGCAUGGUUGA